GGCAUGAGUUGUUCAGUACUUCAGCUAGAACAAGGCGACCAUCUGAAGCAUAACGGAUGCACCGUGUGCACGCGUCACUGACGGUUGCCCGAUGUGCAGACGGAAAUUACGUGAUACCCGGUUGGGCCGAUCUUACCGUGUCGUGUCCAAAAUUGGCGCACCAUUAAAGCUAACCGUUCCGUCAGGGAAUUGGAAGUUCUUUUUUAAAGUGUAGUGAAAGAGAGGGAUAGAAAAUAAAAAGAAACGUGGAAGUGCAUUCCACCAAACCAAAAGCAUCUAGAAAGGCGGAACGAAACCCUUUUGUGCCCUUUCUGCUUGUGUGGAUUGCGGAGAUGAGUGCACUCGAGAGUUCGGCCGCACGUUGUUGUUAUUAUUAUCUUCCGCUGCUUAUAAAGUGAAACAAAAAAACAAAACACAAAAAGUUUCUCACCAUUUCUGAAGUAGUUAGCAAAAAACCUUCACGUGUGUCGGUGUAGCAAUCAUACAUGGCACCAAACGGGGAACAGCGGCAGCGUGAGGUGAAGUGAGGUGAAAAGAGUGAAUUAAAAAUUAUGUUUUUGAUAAGCCAUUUGCGGCCCGCCACACUGUUGUGACUUUCACCAUUCAUCUCGCCAGCAUCAGCUCCACAUCGUCGAACGUCGUAGUACGUGUCUGGUUGAGAGGUGUGUGUGGGACGGUCGUACAAGUGCUGUUGGUAUGUUGAAAACAUCUUUUCGCAAAGAAUGAGACAGUGUAUUUGCUUCAGGGCGGGGCCAAGUGUUUAGUGAAGGUUUUGAAGCCAAAAACAGAAGGAAAAACGCAUGUGAGUUGUACGUCUGGAUCUGAUUUGGUGAAAGUGAUUCAUUCAACACGAGCUCGCGGCUCGAGGGAAUCAGGAAAAAUCAGGAAACUGUGAGAAGCAUGUUUGGAGUUGAAAAUUUAAGUCUACUAUGAGUCAGAAUCGUUCAACCGACAAGCUACAAAUGGAAAUACUCAAACGAACCGUCUGUCGACUCAAGCCCGUCCGCAAGUUCUGGGCCGCAGGAUCUCAUUUCUUCCUACAGCUAGCACUUUGCCUCUGUGUCUGCGUACCGCUGGUCAGCUGCAAUCGUGCACCAGUAUUUCUAAUCGACGAUCAUGCCGAAAUAGUGAUAAGAUUGAAGGAGUUCCCGGAAACUCCUGUAGGUACACUGAUCUACCGGCUGCGCGGGUACGAUGCGGAUGGUGAUCCGCUUACAUUUGGCGUGCAGAAAAGUAGCGACAGCCACAUCAUAAGACUGAAGCAGAACUCUUCCAACGAAGCGUUCAUCUACCUCAACCAUGAGCUCGAUCGUGAAGCACGGGAAGAGUACACGCUCAUACUGACACUCACCGAUGGUCGGCUGGGUGAGGGUAACUUUGUGACGCAAAGCUUCCUGCUGCUGGUGGAGGACAUCAACGACAAUGAGCCGAUCUUUAAACCGUUUGCCUCGGUGCUGGAGGUGGCCGAAGAUAGUCCGCCCGGUAUACUUACUACGCUCGAAGCGGUGGACAAGGACGAGGGUGCAUACGGACAGGUGGUGUACUACAUACAAGGGUUAAGCGAGGAGAACAACGUAUUCUCGAUCUCAACUACCAACGGGAAGGGUGUGGUGCGACUGACCCGUGCACUGGACUACGAACGGCAGCAUUUCUAUCACAUCAAUGUACUGGCUGUUGAUCGAGCAAUACAGGGAAGAAUCAAUACUGGAACAGCUGCCUUACUAGUAAGGGUGAAAGACGUAGAAGAUCAACCACCAGAGUUCCUAGUGACCCAACCGGUUGUUCGCAUCUCCGAGGAUGCACCUGUCGGAACGGAAGUAUUGCGAGUCAAAGCGGUAGAUGGUGAUCGAGGUAUUAACAAUCGUAUUCUUUACGGCAUUUCAAACAACGCCAGUGAGUUGUUUGAGAUUGAUCGAAUAAAGGGUUCGUUAAGAACGAAGCAGAAGCUUGACAGGGAAGACUCUAAAAAUCCCAUUAACGGUGCAUUCAUAUUGGAAGUGGUUGCCACCGAAGAGAGCAAACAGCAGCCUGCACCUUCGUCCACCAUGGAGAUCACCGUGAUCGUGACGGAUGUGAAUGAUGAAAUACCACGCUUCAGAAGUGAUGGCUAUGAGUGUGAAAUCAGUGAAAAUGCACAAGAAAACACACUGGCCAGAUUUAUUGAUGGCAGUAUCAACGAGGUGUUUGACUACGAUCAGGGUAAAAAUGGUACCUUUCGAUUAUCGCUGGAGCCACCAAGUGAUAUCUUUGAGGUGAUUCCGAAGCGAGCGAUCAAUGAAGCAACUUUUGGGUUACGCGUAAAAGACCCGACAAUGCUUGAUUUCGAGCGUAUACGUGAGCUAACGUUAACUGUUGUGGCAAGUGAGAUCGAGACACCGGCCCGCAGUAGUACGGCACAGGUACGCGUGCUGGUGUUAGAUCAAAACGACAAUUUUCCAGAGUUCGUGCAGUCAACCUACGAAAUUGAUGUCCCGGAGAAUGUGACAGCAGGAACGGUGCUCGUACAGAUACAAGCCAUGGAUGGUGAUUCGGGUGUCUUCGGUACAGAAGGUAUUCGGUACACGAACCUUACCGGAAGUAUCUCGAGCUUUCUACAUCUGGAUCCGCGCACUGGCACCAUCACGCUCAUGGCAUCCGACGGUCCUGUGUUUGAUCGUGAAAUUGUCCAAAAGCACUACCUUUCAGUGGAGGCUCGUGAUAAUGAAGGUCGGGGCAAUCGGAAUACCGUCCCGCUCAUUCUAAACGUGCUAGACGUCAACGACAAUGCACCAGUUUUUGUUCAGAAGCGUUACGAAGUGAGAUUGAAGGAGAAUGCAUUUGACUUCGAAUCACCGAUCACAGUGGAGGCACGUGACAACGAUCUGGAAGGUUCUCCGAACAGUGCGGUAGGGUACCGGCUGGUUAGCACACAUCAUGCGGAAUACUUCCACAUUGAUCGCCGAACGGGAAGAUUGUCGGUGCGAGAGGCAGUUGAUUUCGAACGACUGGAAAGUGGAGGAGGCAGUGACACACGUAUCAUAUCACUGAACGUGGAGGCAGCCGAUGGUGGUGACCCGUCACUAACAGCUCAGGUUGAAGUGAUGGUAUAUGUUCAAGACGUUAACGACUAUGCGCCCGUUUUCCUCGAGUCACAGUAUGCGAUUGUUAUCCCGGAGGAUACACCCAGCGGUCUACCGGUCUUGAGAGUGACCGCAAUGGAUGGAGAUGGUUCGUUUCCCAACAAUCUCGUCACGUACAGAAUUCAACAGGGUGCGGACGGUAAGUUCGUAAUAGGAGCAAGUACGGGCGAGAUAUCGAUCACGCAUGGUGCUUCGCUUGAUCCGAAUCUGCUCGGCCCGGAUGCACAGGGAUCUGGUUCGACAUACGUACUGGAGGUGAUCGCUACGGACGGUGGUAAUGGGGAUCAACAGUUGCAAGGAUCCUGUCUGGUUAAUGUGACCGUUACCGACGUCAAUAAUAAACCGCCGUACUUUGUUGGCCCAACGGCUGUGGCUGUGCGCGAGAACACACCGGUUGGUACUGAGGUGUACAGACUGAUGGCUAAUGAUCCUGAUGACGGUGCAAUGCUACGAUACUACAUCGAUCGUAGUCAGUCUGAAGGAAAAACCGAAGAGGGCGCUUUAGUGAAACUGGACGAUUAUGAUUUUGUAGCGGCAUUCGUUCUGAAUGAGACGACUGGUCUACUUAAGAUAGCUAAACUGUUGGAUCGUGAGAAAAUUGCCGAAAUCAAACUGGCCUGUGUUGUAGAAGACGUAGCAGCCGAACGAGGUGAUCAAAUGGCAAACACCUUCCUGAAGAUAACCAUUCUCGACGAGAACGAUAACAAUCCAAAGUUCCGUAAGCCAUUCUACAAGCACUCGAUUGCCGAAAACAGUCAGUACGGUGUGACUGUUUGUACGGUGGUGGCCGAAGAUGCGGACCAAAACAAAACUAUCAAGUAUAGCCUGGAAGGUGAUACGGGUGUGCUGGAUCUGUUACACAUUGAUGACGAAACCGGUGAGAUUGUGGUACGCAAUCGGAUCGACCACGAAGAGUACGGUUGGUUAAACUUCUCCGUACGCGCUGCAGACACCGGAACCCCACCUAGGGCUUCCUUCGUCGAGGUGUUUGUGCAGGUGUUGGAUGAGAAUGACAACAAUCCGUACUUUGUUGAUAAUGUGAAUGAUUUCUACGUGUCGGAGAAUGCGUCCGUCGGUACGGAGAUAGCAAUCGUACAGGCAAAGGAUCUAGAUUCGGGCGAUUUCGGACGCAUUACGUACAUUCUAGAUCGCGUCAGUUCUAAAGAAAAGUUCAGUAUUGACCCGGAGAAAGGUGUACUCCGGGUAGCGGGUGCACUAGAUCGAGAAGAAACGGCCGAGUACAUGAUGGCUGUAGAGGCGUGGGAUAAUUAUCCUUAUGGAUAUCUGAACGGAGAAAGCCGGAAUGCGUUCAAACACAUCCUUGUGCACGUGGUGGACGAUAACGAUAAUGCACCGUUAAUACAGAAACCUUCCGGUUGCAGUAUGAUCACAGAGUAUCACAACAUCAACGAUCCAAUCGUGAAGUUACGUGCGACCGAUGCGGAUGAUCCAUUGAACGGAAAUGGUCAGCUAAGCUUCGACAUUAAUGACGCGUCAGGGAUUUUCUAUAUCCAGCAGAUAUCGGCCCAAUAUGCCGAAAUAUAUUCCCGUGGUCCAUUGAAAAAUCUGCAUGGAAACUAUACGCUGGAGUUGAUAGUGAGUGAUCUUGGCAGUGUACCGAACACGGUGCGGGAUACGGUUGAGAUUUGUGUAACUGAUUUCAACGAUCAUGCGCCGGUAUUUGUCGUUCCCAGCGGUAAUACUACCGUAAAGGUGUUUGAGAAUACCACGGUCGGUAAACCAUUCUUCCAAGUGCAUGCUUACGACGAAGAUGUCGGCGAGAACGCUAUUGUGCGGUAUCGUCUCAAAAUGGACACAUUGGGCAAUUAUCGAAAGUUUUCCAUCGAUAAAGAGACGGGUGAACUGAGCUUAGCCGCACCACUCGAUCGAGAGCAACAGAUGAUGUACGAUCUCCGGAUCGAGGCGUAUGAUCAGGGAAUACCUACACCGCUCAGCACAAGCGUUGAUUUGAUCGUAUACGUACGAGAUGUCAAUGACAAUCAGCCACAGUUUUUGCUCAAAGAAAUAAGUCUCAACUUUACCGAACACAUGACACCGGGUGUAGAAAGAAUUCGACUACCCGAUACAGUCGACCAGGACUAUCUUGAUCCACUAGAAGGACCGUCAACGAGUGUAGUUUGCUACUACAUCGUGCAGGGCAAUGAGGAAGGACAUUUUGGACUGGAUCCAGUGACACAUGACUUAACGGUGGAAAAAGAAUUUGAUCGCGAAAAUAGAUCGCUGUACAAGUUGCACAUCAAAGCGUCGGAGGAAUGUUCUAACGCGAACCUAUCGUUGGAAACAGGUGGACAUGCGGGUAAUCUGCUGAAAGCUACAGUAUACAUAAACGACAUCAACGACAACUCACCAGCGUUUGAGUCAAAAAUAUUCACCGGCGGUAUCUCAACGUCAUCCCAGUUCGGUGCUACCAUUCUGCAGCUAAAAGCUCACGAUGCUGAUGAUGGAUUGAAUGGAUUAGUUCGGUACUAUCGGCACGGCGAGGUACGGAAAACACUUGCGGAAGGUUUGGACGAUUUGCGUAGCGAUCCGUUCCUGGUAGAUGCGGACACGGGCCAAGUGUUGCUGAACUUUUUCCCACAGAAAUCGAUGCGGGGCUAUUUUGAUUUCCCGGUGACGGCAAACGAUUCCUACGGCUGUCACGAUCGGGCGCACGUGUUCAUCUAUCUCAUUCGUGAGGAUCAACGGGUAAAGUUUAUUCUUCGACAGCGUCCAUCGGAGAUACGACACAAUAUACAAAGCUUUCGAGAGAUACUGAGCAAUGUUAGUGGAUGUAUUGUAAAUAUUGACGAUAUUCGUGUGCAUGAAAAUCCGGACGGUUCGGUGGAUCGGACCAAAAGUGACAUGUUUAUGCAUCUAGUCGAUCAAAAGAACAACUCCGUCCUGGAGGUGCAUCAGGUAUUGCAGCUGCUGGAUAAGCACGUGGAGAAGCUUGAUCGAUUGUUUAAGGAAUUUAAUGUUCUAGAUACUCAAGCGUCCGAGUUAGUACAGACGGCAGAAAUGGACGAGCUGUCGGUAAACAUAAUCUGGUUAUUUGUAACCAAUAUUCUGCUGGGUGCGUUGCUGAUUGUAGUAAUCGGUCUUUCGAUAUCACAACGAUUGUCGUACCGAAGACAACUAAGAACGGCCAAAAUAGCUGCGUUCGGCUCAUCCGGACCAAGUCGAAUGUAUCAGGAGGUACUCGGAGCAGUACCGAACACGAACAAACACAGCAUGAAGGGUAGCAACCCGAUCUGGAUCGGUAGCGACAGUCCGGAGGGUGAAUGGCUUAAGGAUGAGUUUGACAAGUGCAAGGAUGCAAUCGAUGCACAGUACGAGCGAUCACUCAGCUCAGGCUUCUUCAUUGACAACUGUCUUCAGUACGAAGCACGGAAGGGUCUCGCUAGUGCCGAAGCGAACAAUGCCGUUAACUAUCAGAUCAAGCGUGGCAGCGAAUCGACGCUUUGUGCGCGAAACUUGGAAACGACCGAACUGUAAAUAAAUGUCUGUAAAUACUUUCUUUCCUACUGUA